GUGGUAUCGAAGCGUUUUCGUAAAAAUUACAUACACCGAUUCACCGGCACCAAGAGCCUCUUCCUUUUCCAUCCAUGGAGUACGGCACGUCGUGUUUGCGUCUACAUUGCAACGAAUCAGUUCUUCGACUACUGCGUCAUGGCCACUAUUCUGUUCAAUUGCAUUUUUUUAGCCAUGACUGAGACUGUGGAAGAGGCUGAAUACAUCUUCCUUGCGAUUUACUCCAUUGAAAUGGUGAUCAAAAUCGUUGCCAAAGGCUUCCUACUCAACAAGUACACGUAUCUGCGCAAUCCAUGGAAUUGGCUGGAUUUUGUAGUCAUCACAAGUGGCUAUGCUACUAUUGGCAUGGAGGUGGGCAAUCUAGCCGGUUUGCGUACAUUUCGCGUAUUACGCGCAUUAAAGACUGUUUCAAUAAUGCCAGGACUAAAGACUAUCAUCAACGCACUACUGCACUCGUUCCGACAAUUGGCCGAGGUUAUGACCUUGACCAUUUUUUGUUUAAUGGUCUUUGCACUAUUCGCACUACAAGUAUACAUGGGAGAACUAAGAAAUAAGUGUGUAAAAAAUCUUCCAGACGAUUGGGUGAAUACCACCGAUGUGGAAUGGAGGAGCUGGAUCAACGAUACUGACAAUUGGCUCUACGACGACGAAGAAUUGCCGAUGCUGUGUGGCAAUUUGACCGGUGCGCGUCACUGCCCUCUUGGUUAUACUUGCCUCUGUGUGGGCGAGAACCCAAAUCAUGGUUAUACGAAUUUCGAUAACUUCAUGUGGUCUAUGUUGACAACGUUCCAGUUGAUAACCUUAGACUAUUGGGAGAAUGUGUACAAUAUGGUCUUGGCCACAUCUGGUCCCAUGAGUGUGUCAUUUUUUACCGUGGUUGUGUUUUUUGGCUCAUUUUAUUUAAUUAAUCUAAUGUUAGCCGUAGUUGCAUUAAGUUACGAGGAAGAAGCGGAAAUAACAAACGAAGAACGCAAGAAAGACUUAUUGGAUCAUCGCGAUGAUUCAACAUUUAGCUUCGACCCGUCCGUUUUAAAUGUUAAAAAACUUAAUAAAAAUAACAAAAAGAAAAUCGAUUCUCGUAAGGGCGUACUGCUGGCUUCGUACAGCAAAAAGAAGACGCGUCGAAAAAAGGCUAAAGGGGGGAAGGAUGGUGCCAACAGCAACAACGAUAGCAACGGAGAUGGCCAAAAUAAAAGUAGAUCCGUUACGCCCAGUCCCGGUCCAAGUCCGCGUCACAGCAACGCUGAACGUCCCAAGCAGCUGCAAUUGCAACACACAACCACACAGCAGCAGCAGCAGCAGCAACAACAAUUGCUGCCAGCACCCACUGCACAACAACAACAACUACAACAACAACAACAAAAACCACAAACACCACAAGCGCUCACACCGAAAGAAGCGCAGACUGCUCGCACACGCAUAUGCUUCCAAGAAGAUGGUGGUAAUAAAAAUCCAAAUAUGCUAUAUCCAUCCGAUUACAAAGGUCAAUUGGUGCCCGGUAGCCGUCAAGCUAGUUCCAAUUCGAGUGGUGUCAAUCGUGAAUCAUCUCAAGAUGAUUCCGGUGUGGUGGACGAUCACGAGGAGCAGGAAACGGGCACCGAAAUGGUGAAUGUAUCCACAGUGGAGUUGCCAAAUGAGCUGACCUCAGUAACGUUGGCACUGUCGCCGCGUGAGGUACGGCUCAUCAAAUGCAAUGGUAACAUUGCACGCAUUAAGAAGCAUAACAUUUAUGCGCUGCAUCAGGAAUUUUCUUCGGAAAUUGUGGUGAUCGAUGAUCUUCCGGAUCGUAAUUGUGAUAGAUGCAUACAAUGCUGCGUCAACUAUGAAGGCUGGCUGCAGUUUCAAAAUUGUCUCUAUAAGGUGGUGCGCGAUCCACUUUUCGAAUUAGCUAUCACACUUUGUAUAGUAUUAAAUACGGCAUUUUUAGCUAUGGAACAUCAUGGCAUGAGUGAGAACUUUCGCAAUGCAUUAGACGUAGGAAAUAAGGUUUUUACAUCGAUUUUCACAUUCGAAUGCAUCAUUAAAUUAAUGGCACUAUCGAAGGAUUUUUUUCUAUGUGGCUGGAACAUAUUCGAUUUGAUAAUUGUGACAGCCAGUUUAUUAGAUAUCAUAUUUGAGUUGGUGGAUGGACUAAGCGUGUUGCGGGGCUUGCGUUUGCUUCGCGUGCUGAAACUUGCGCAAUCUUGGACGACAAUGAAGGUCCUGCUCAGCAUUAUUAUAUCGACAAUAGGUGCUUUGGGUAAUCUUACGCUAAUUUUAGUUAUAGUCAUUUAUAUAUUCGCUGUGAUCGGCAUGCAGUUGUUUUCGAAAGAUUACACACCAGAAAAAUUCGAUCCAGACCCAGUGCCAAGGUGGAAUUUCAACGAUUUUUUCCAUUCGUUUAUGAUGAUUUUUCGCAUAUUGUGUGGUGAGUGGAUUGAGCCGCUGUGGGAUUGCAUGCGUGCAGAGGAAGAGCAAGGUGCCUCUUCAUGUUUUGCAAUAUUUUUGCCAACGCUAGUUAUGGGAAAUUUCAUGGUGCUAAACUUGUUCUUGGCGUUGUUGCUCAACAGUUUCAAUUCGGAGGAAUUGAAAUCGAAAAAAGAGGAAGUCGGCGAAGAGUCGAAAUUGGCGCGCAGCAUCGAACGCGUACGCGAUCUGAUACGCAAGAAGCGACAGGAACGCAAAGAGCGUAAGGAACGCAAAUAUGCGACAAAGUUCCAACAAAUCGUUAUGGAGGCGCAGCAGGCGGCCGCGAAGGUGAUCGAAAAGCCGAGCUUAAUAACGGAAACUAAACUGCAUAGGCUUAGUUAUCAAGAAUCCAUGAAUCGUCCGGUGUCCGGUUCGGAUUUCGGCUUUCAGAUUCCACUCAAGGAUACCUUACACACCAUCGUUGACGGCGUAGAGAGCGAACACGAGCUAUCCGAACUACAAUUACAACAACACCAGCAGCAGCAGCAGCAGCAGCAACACCACCUACAGUCAACAACAGAGUUGCAACAGCAGCAACAGCAGCAACAACUCACACAACAACAAAUACAACAUCACAUGCAGUUGCAACAGCAAGCGCCCUCAUUCGAUGGCAUCACGACAACAACUAGCUCCUGCCAAUUAGACAAUAAUAGCCGCAACGAUUACAAUACACUCUACCCGCAGGCGGAACGUCGUCUGCUGCAUCAAGUGUCUUCCGGUUUUGGUACGCAACACAACGAUUCGCGCGACGAGCCAACAUACACCGAGUCCAUUGAGUUGCGGCUCAUGGGCCAGUACAAUUCGACUGAUACCGAUCCGUAUGCGAAUGAUCAGCGCAGCGGUUCGUUUAUGCGUGGCGAUUCGCUGCAGGACACAUCGUCACGGCGUUACUGCAGCGAGGAGCAUGAUGAGGCCUACUUGCAGUAUCAGAAGUCACUGUUAACGCGUUCGCCCAGCUACCGCAAGUCAUUGGAUCGCCUAUCGCAGUCGAGCGACCAGUCGCAACGUUCGCUGUUACCUUCGCGUAGCCUGAAGUCUGAUGAUGACUUGCAUUUAAGUGUACGUCGACAUUCGAGCGGCCAUUCGCUGAAUACCAUCUCCAUGGAACAUGAAGAGCUACUUUCAGGUCAGGGCAAUUUGCGCGAUGAGCUGCUGAAUUGCGAGCACAAAGAGCUUUUUCAAUUUCUGCAAGACGAUGCGGAUAAUAGCAAUAAUUAUUUCAGCGAAACCGUUGGAUAUGGCUCGGCAAUUGUCGAUGCCGACACAGAUUCGUUGAUUGUUGAUGUGCGAAAAGAUGAACGCAAGCCAUCGACGAGCAGCAUCAAGUCGAACUUGAGCUAUAUUUCCAACUCGAUAUUGCAGCAGAUCGAGCAGCGUCGCAAUGGCAGUCAUGCGUCCAGCAAUGGCAAUGGGCAUGAUAAUGAAGCGCUGCCACUGGUGGAGCAUUCCGAGUUCGACAACAUCAUACAGAGCUUCGAGAAGGAAUUGGAAGAGAUAAAGCGCUCAACGACGUCACUGGAGCGACGCCUGUCCACACUCUCAGAGCCGUCGCCUGCUGCCGAUGAAGCCAAUAAAGCCAUACUCGAUCAUAUUGCUGUCAUUACAGGCGCCUCUGAGCGCUCUGCCGCCGAUGAAGUUGUACACCCACUCAACCCGUAUGACAGUUACGAUCUGUCGACUGUGCCGCGCCGUCAGCAUUCGCUGCUCACCAGCACCGAUCGCAAUUCGGUAAAGAUUAAACGUCGCAGCUUGGAGAAGCAGCGCAAAAUCGACGAAGACUUUAGCAUAUCAAAUGAAAUACGCAAAAUCUGUGAUCAAAUUCAUGCCCCAUUCGUGACCAUCGAAUCGAUGGCGGUGGCGGCAACAGUUACAGCGGCCGCUAAAUCGCCGUUCGCACGCCAUAAGAGCGAUCAAUUAAGCGCGCAAUUCGAUCGCUUCAAGCGCCUAUCGCUCAUCGAACGUGUCGAUGAAGUACCUGAAGAGGAGAAGCCCAUAUCAACGCUGCGCAUGGAGUCGGAGAAACUGCCACGCAAGUGCCUAACCACAGACGCCAUCCGACUGGACAGCCUAUCGCUGAAGAGCACAAACUCAUAUGAGAAUUUGCUAAUACAAAAGCAACAACUGAGUCGUCAGCAGAGUAAUCAACGUGACGGCGCCUCUUUGACUUCGUCGGGUGUGGCGGUACCACCAACGCCACCGACAUCACUCAAGUCGCAGCUCGAACCGCCAACACUAGCACAAAUAUCCUCAAUUAAGACCACGCCGCCGCUAGCGGCACUCACUGAGCACCAACAGCAUUACCAUGCCUCGAAAAUACAUGACCCACCUCCACCACCACUACUUCAAAAAUCACUAAUUCCGUCAGCAACAAGAACCACCAUUUCCACCACUAUCACCACAACCACAACCUCGUCCAUCCGCCCAAGGGCUGCCGGCGAUGUUAGCGAUAUGCGCGCCAAACGCUUCGCCGAGCAUCCACAAUCGACACUAGACAAAGCCGCUUCCUUUCAAUCCGCACGCACCGAAUCGCAUAGUUCGGGCGCAGGCGGUAUUGCCGACACCAGCUCGGUACUGGCACUGGGAUACAGCGUACCGGGUGCACGCUCAUCUGCAGGCGGUGCUAUGGUAACGGAGACGGCCGAACCAACACAAAAGUCGGCCUUCUCGCGGCUGACCGAAAAACCAUGGCAUUGUCUGGUCUCCUACGUAGACGAUCUCACUGUAGGUGGGAGGCGUAACUCGCAGGGAGCAUACAAUGACCCCAUGACUUUUCCAAGUUUCGGACAAACGAAACCACCGAAAGUGCCAGAUGAUUGCUUUCCGCAGAAGUGUUAUGAUCACUUCUAUUUUCGCUGUCCAUGGUUCAUGUCGUGCAUGGACACGAAGAGCGCCAAACAAUGGACACGCAUAAGGACGGCUGUCUUGGCGGUUGUCGAUACUCCAGCCUUUGAGUGGUUUGUGCUAGUGCUCAUAUUUGCAUCGAGCAUAACCCUCUGCUUCGAGGACAUCUACUUGGAUAGCAAUAAAACGCUGAAACGUGUACUCUACUGGACGAAUUUCUCAUUCUGUCUCAUCUUCGUCAUUGAAAUGGUCUUAAAGUGGCUAGCGUUGGGGUUUUCCAAAUAUUUCACAAGUUUUUGGACAAUAUUGGAUUUCAUUAUAGUCUUCGUUUCCGUGUUCUCGCUGCUCAUCGAAGAGAAUGAAAAUCUCAAGGUAUUGCGUUCGCUGCGUACAUUGAGAGCUUUGCGCCCAUUGCGUGCCAUAUCACGGUGGCAAGGAAUGCGAAUUGUAGUAAAUGCUCUCAUGUAUGCAAUACCGUCAAUUUUUAAUGUACUUUUAGUUUGUUUAGUCUUUUGGUUGAUAUUUUCCAUAAUGGGUGUACAAUUUUUCGGUGGUAAAUUUUUCAAAUGCCUUGACGACGAUGGUGAAUUGCUGCCAGUGACGGAAGUGAACGACAGAGCCGAAUGCAUCAAGCAGAAUUACACUUGGAUCAAUUCGAAGAUCACAUUCGAUCACGUAGGCAUGGGCUAUUUGGCGCUGCUGCAGGUGGCCACCUUCGAGGGCUGGAUGGAGGUGAUGGCCGAUGCAGUGGAUGCGCGCGGCGUCGAUUUGCAGCCGCAGCGCGAGGCCAAUUUGUAUGCCUACAUUUAUUUCGUCAUCUUCAUAGUGUGCGGCUCAUUCUUUACGCUCAAUCUAUUCAUUGGAGUUAUUAUCGAUAAUUUCAAUAUGCUCAAGAAGAAGUAUGAAGGAGGAGUGUUGGAAAUGUUUCUCACCGAAUCUCAAAAACACUAUUACACCGCCAUGAAAAAGUUGGGACGAAAAAAACCACAGAAAGUCAUUAAGCGACCAAUAAAUCAUUUUUUAGCAAUGUUUUAUGAUUUAUCGAAUUCGAGAAGAUUCGAAAUAGCCAUAUUUGUAUUGAUUUUUUUAAAUAUGUUAACAAUGGGUAUCGAGCACUACAAUCAACCGCAUUCUGUGUUUUUUAUACUCGAAGUAAGCAAUGCAUUUUUUACCACCGUCUUUGGUCUGGAGGCGAUCGUCAAGAUCAUCGGUUUGCGUUAUCACUACUUUACUGUGCCAUGGAACGUUUUCGAUUUCCUACUUGUGCUCGCCUCCAUUUUCGGCAUCCUCAUGGAGGAUAUCAUGAUCGAUUUGCCCAUCAGCCCAACCCUCUUGCGUGUGGUUCGCGUCUUUCGCAUCGGUCGUAUACUGCGUCUCAUUAAAGCGGCCAAAGGUAUACGUAAACUGUUGUUCGCUUUAGUUGUCUCACUGCCGGCGCUAUUUAAUAUUGGCGCACUAUUGGGAUUGAUCACCUUCAUCUAUGCCAUAUUGGGCAUGUCGCUGUUCGGCCAUGUUAAGCUGCAGGGCGCCUUAGAUGAUAUGGUGAACUUUCAGACAUUUGGACGCAGCAUGCAGCUGUUGUUUCGGCUAAUGACCUCCGCUGGUUGGAAUGAUGUGCUGGAAUCACUGAUGAUUCAACCACCCGAUUGCGAUCCCUUCUUCAAUAAACAAACGAACGGAGACUGCGGCCAUCCCCUAUUGGCCAUCACCUAUUUUACUAGUUUCAUUAUAAUCAGUUAUAUGAUUGUGAUUAACAUGUACAUUGCAAUUAUUUUGGAGAAUUUCAAUCAGGCACAUCAAGAGGAAGAGAUCGGUAUUGUCGAAGACGAUCUGGAGAUGUUCUAUAUCAGAUGGUCCAAAUACGACCCACACGCUACACAAUUCAUACAUUUCGGUCAACUUUCGGAUUUCAUUGCCUCGCUCGAUCCACCGCUUGGCAUUUCGAAGCCCAACACUGUGGCGUUGGUCUCAUUCAAUUUGCCGAUAUCGAGGGGUAAUAAAAUUCAUUGCCUUGAUAUUUUACACGCACUAGUCAAACAUGUGUUGGGUCAUGUCGAGGAAACGGACAACUUCAAACAGCUGCAGGAACAAAUGGACGUGAAAUUCAAGAAACAAUUCCCCACACGAAAAGAGUUGGAAAUUGUUUCGUCGACGCGCAUUUGGAAGCGACAAGAGAAGGCGGCUAAGACUAUACAGAAUGCGUGGCACGAAUAUCAGCGCAUGAAGAAGGAGAAAGAACGCUCAAAUUCGGGUGACAGCAUGACGCAGACAUCAAGUCCCGGUGGAUGGCAGUCCAAAUUGUCUGCGCUCAAUUUCUUUCAUCUUCAAGUCAGUCGUCGCGGUACUCAAUGUUCCAGCCGUGCGUCCUCACGCAAAUCCUCACGUGCCUCUGAUGCUUCCGAUCUGAGCGAACUAGCCGGUCCUUGGCUCAACCUGCCGCUGAUGUUGGUCUCUGGCGCUGACGAUGUUGUGAAGGACAUCAAGCAGCAAAGCGAGGAACUUGGCAAGCGCGGUAGCAUAUUCGUGGAAGCGCCUCGAGCUAAUCGCCGUCGCAGCAUUUAUAAUUUCUUUUUGCGCCAUCAGGAUGCAGUCGAUGAUAGCUUAACAUCACCAUCAGUGCAUAGAAAAAGCAUUUCACCAACGACAACAGCAAUUUCCUCCACAACCACAGCCACCGAAAGACAAACCCAACCGCAAUCACAAUCGCAACUACAACAAUUACCUACGCAAAUAGCGCCAACGCCAACACGUAAACGUGCCACCAGUUUUAUACGUAAAAAGCCACCGCUUGAAAGAGGUUUGUCAGCACAAAGCGCUUUAAGAGUUAACAAAAAUGCUUUUGUCUCGGAAGGACCAACACCGGAGGUGAUUGUGACAAAACCGUCACCGGAACAGCAAUCGGGUCCGCUUGGCUUGAGGCCGGAUAACUCAACGUUGGUGCAUGUGUUGGUACAUCGUGAGAGUGAGGAGUACAAGGAGGAAGAAGAUGAUGAGGGCGGUGGCGGCGGCGGCGACGGCGGAGGCGGCGGUGGUGGUGUGUCACCAGUAGGAGCGAUUGACAAAUUUAAACCACCACAAAUACAUAUUAGUCCAGGCUCCGAAGACAUACGCUUCGACGACCUCAUAACAAUGCAACAGCCCAUCGUGCAAAUAAUGGUCGAUAGUCCUAAAGACCCACCACGCGGCGAUUUCUCCGAUGAAAAUCAAAACGCUUCGUCUCAGGUUUACGACUACACUGCGCCAACCAACGAAGAAAGCCCAACAAGCGAUUCUCAUAUUGAGGAGGAAAUAUCACCAGCAACCGUGAUUGAUUUAAAUGAGCCAAUUGAUGUGAACAUACAGGGUGAUACAUCCAAAGUGUUCUACGAUUACAAUCCACAGGAUGCCAAUGAAAUCAUCGUGCUGGAAACUUUAACCGAGGAGUCACCCAAAUCAGAGGAUCUACCACUCCCACUAGCUGCGCUCCCAGCACUACAACAAUCAACAAUUACUACGCCUCCAGCUUAUGCGCCAACAGCCGCCGUCACACCCACAACACCUGUGGCGGCCACUUCACCAGAUGCACCGGAGAGCGGCGCCACCAGCGGCGGUGCUGGCACAUCUGAUGAGAGCGAUAAAGCGAUUAGAUGACCUUCAUUGCAAA